UUUCGCCAAUUACUAAACAGGACAGGUCGUGUCAUCAUUGAUCGACACAAAAGAAAGCAAAAUACUCAUUACAAGAUUGAAACAGAAAAUUAUUACUAUGGCAACAGAAACAGGAGGAGCUGCUAGGCAACCAGCAGAAGAAAACAAUAGUGAUGCUAAUACAGAUGCUGUUACGUUGUCUGUAACUCAAGAAACUUCUGCUGAACAGAGACCCUCUCAACCUCCAUCCUAUGACAGUAUCUACAAAGAUGGCCCCCCUUCAGAGUAUCUUCAGCAAAGUAAUGCUUACAUCAUUGCCACUCCUAGUGUCCCGCCACCCCUGCCUUCUCCACUUAUGGCAGAAAUAGAGCGAGAUCGUGUACAUAGAGAGAGAAAUCGCCAGAAGAUGGGGCCAUCACUCUCACAGCGCACACGAGUCAAACUUGUGGGUUGUGUGAUAUUUGGUAUAAUGGCUGUUGUCGUCAUAGCAGUGGUCCUCUCACGGGACCAUAAGUCUAAAGGGAGUGAGACUAGUGGUUGGAAUGCUUGGAGUGAUUAUGGUAGUUGCUCACACACUUGUGACAGAGGAGUGCAGUAUAGAACAAGGUCUUGCCAGGCCCCUGGCUAUUGUGCAGGCACUAGUUCAAAUUCAAGAUUCUGCAAGAUGAAAGACUGUCUUCUCCAAGCUGGUUCAGAGUACGCUUGGAGCGCUUGGACCCCUUGUAGUGUCUCAUGUGGAACUGGCACCCAGUUCAAAUUCCAAUACUGCAAGGAUGGUUUCACAUGUGAUGACUUUUAUGCUGACAAACCCGAGAGUAGGGAGUGCAACACACAACUUUGCGAAGCUCAAGAGGAUGACGAUGAGGAAGCAUUCCCAGAACCUGAACCAAAUAAACCCAAAUACAGUUCAUGGGAAGCCUGGACACCAUGCUCCAAGUCAUGUGGCUCAGGGCUGAAGUCAAGGUCACGAACCUGUGAGGACCCUCCAUACCUCUGCUCAGGGGUAGAUUCUGAAACAACCUGCUGUAACAUCGAACCCUGUGUGGAGGAAACUGCUUGGAUUGGUGAUUGGUCAAACUGUUCAAGUAAAUGUGGGGUUGGAGUUUCCCAUCGUAGAUAUAACUUUAGUUAUGACCAAGUGAAAUAUGUAGAGAAGCCAUGUUAUACCCCAUGUUUGGGUGAGUCCAACUGGAUGCCAUGGGGUUGUUGGGUAUGUAUCGGGCAGACAUCAUACAGAAAUAGAACAUGUGACAAACUGGGACCUAAUAGUUGUGCAGGUGAACCAGUUCAGGGUGAUGGAACGUGUCGAUUUGAUAACUACUAAAGUGCAUAGUUAUUUUUCAGGAUUUUCAUUUUUUAUGAUGACCAUGAUAUUUAACAGAAUAUCAAUACUGUAACUCAUUCCAAUUAUUGUUAAUGCACUUUUCUCCUUUAUGAGAUGAAAACUAACCUCAAUAAUCAAAUGUAUUUAGUCCUUUUAAUAGUAAGAUAAUGAACAUGAAGGUUGGACCAGCUGAUCUGAACUAAGUCAAAUAUAGGUAACUUACACUUUGUGGCAGUGAACUCAAACGAGGAAUGAAAACAUUGUAAAUCUCCUCUGGAUUAGUUUCAUCAAUGGGGAACAUUAGUAUCAAAAGUAAGUUACUUAAAAUCAGAGGUUUACUAAUAUCAAACAAAUUUUGUUAACCAUCUUGGAUGAUACUAACUCCAUUUUAUAUCGUCCUGCUCUGGACAA